AUGACCAAGGGCAUGGAAAAGGCAGUACGGCAUCUGGAUUUGCCUGAUUCGCUCGAGCUGUAUACAUACACCGCGCCAGAGCCAAGCCCGGCCAGCAUCAACGACGACAAUGACAUGAAACUCAGCGCAGAAGUCGUGGUUUCUGACCUCGCCAAACAUAAUCAUGCAGACCAAUACGAUGCUAUCCUUGUGGCUUGCUACAGCGUUCACCCACUCGUCGAAGAGUUGUCACAUCUCCACCCAAACAUCAUCGUCAUGGGCAUCUUUGAGGCCAGCGUCCUCUCGUCAUCGUCACUCAUGAAGCCAUACGGCGAAUCAUGGGGCAUCGUCACCACCGGGAAAUUCUGGGAAGACCAUCUCACAAAGGGUGUGCUUGCGUACUCAGGGCAGCAAGAGCACGAACCCGGCAAUGCCAAGUUCGCAGGCGUGUUCUCCACGGGCCUCAAUGCUGGAGACUUUCACGGCGACAUCCCGCCCGAGUUCAUCAGGGACAAGCUCAGGGAAGCUACCGGGAAGCUGCUGAGUAAAUCGAGGGUCAGCUGCGUCGUCAUGGGCUGUGCCGGCAUGGCAGGGCUCGAGGAGAUCAUCAGGAGCACUGCCGUGGAGAAAUUUGGCGAGGAAAAGGGCAACAGUCUGUACGUCAUAGACGGCGUCAAGGCAGGAGUCGGUCUGGUCCUGGAAGCUUUGAGGAGCAAACGCCUGUUUCAAGGCCAUUGA